AGCCUGCGGGUGACAGACGCUCGCAGGCCAGCAGCAUGCGCAGCCUCGCCCUCUCCCCGCCUCCAUCGCUGACUGGUGGCCAUGCGGACCAAUAGGGAGCGCCCGAGUCCUCCGCCCCGUCCCGGCAGCGGGGUCCGCCUAUUCCCCGCCCACGGGCCAAUGGCGAGCGACGUCUGACACGCAGGCCGGUGAUUGGCUGCGCUGGGACGUUCGGGGCGGGGCUGCGCUCGGCACCGGCGCGGGAGAUUCGAGCGGGAUUGUCGGGCAGGAGCUGGGGUCCGCGUAGCGGGACAGGGCGGGGGCCAUGGAGGACUACGAGCAGGAGCUGUAUGGCGUGGAGGAUGACUUCCACAGUCAGUUCGCCGCGGAACUGGAGGUGCUGGCUGAGUUGGAAGGGUCAUCGACCCCGUCACCCCCACUGGCGUGCAAGAGGGGAAGGACCAAGUUGACUUUCGAGGAGGCCAUUGCUGCAGGCGACACCACCACUCAUCUCUCUCUUGCUGAAUCCCCAAGGAACUGUGUGGGCGCUGCCAGCAAGAGACGGUUGGACCCGGAGGCCCAGAGGGAUGGAGCCCUGCCCCCCAGUAAGUCCUCAUGGUGGGGGAUGCAGGGCCAGGUGCACAGUACCCAAAAGGAAUCAUCUCUGUCUUCACUUUUUGUUUUCCUAGCCCCCAAGGCGAAGAGGCCCAAGCUGGAUGCAGUCAAGAGGCUGAAUUUCGGAUCUAGCACAGACAUCGAGGAACUUCCAAUUCCCAGCUCCCCACCUCAGGACAUCACCCCUCCACCAAGUCCCAAGGUCCCUGCUGAACUGUGGGGUUAUGGGUCCCCAGACGCUGGUGCUGACCUGGGUGUUGAGCAGGCCUUACCACCCACCCGUAACCCUGUCCUUCGGAGACCUCCCAUGCGAGAGGACUUCAUCAACGUCACCUCCACGGGUGGCGACCGGGCCUUCCUGGUGCUGCGAGAUGACCCGCUGGGCACAGGAGUGCAGAGCCCUCUUCUGGAUGUCCACUGGCGGGGCCAUGGCCAUCUGGGUCUGCUGGGGAUACCCUUUUCCUCCCUGAGGGAGCAGGUGGACAAUGAGCGGCGGACACAGCUGCUUGAGGAGGCCCAGCAAGUGUCACACACACUGAACAGCCUUAGGUCGGAGGAUGUGGAGGAGGAGGCCCAGCUCCCAGGGCCCCCCCGGGAGGAGCCAGUGGACGGCCGUGACCAGCACUGCCUGUGGGUGGACGAGUUUGCCCCCCACCGCUACACGGACCUGCUCAGCGAUGACUUCAUCAACCGCUGCCUUCUCAAGUGGCUGAAGCUGUGGGACGUGGUGGUGUUUGGCCGAGAGAGGCCGGCCCGGAAGCCUCGACCCAGCGUCGAGCCAGCCCGGCUUGGCAAGGAGGCUCCAGGGCCUGGCAAGUGGAAGAGUCAGGAGCAGGUGCUGGAGGAGAUGUUGGAGGCUGAGCUUGAUCCAAGCCGGAGGCCCCGCCAGAAGGUGGCGUUGCUGUGUGGGCCCCCGGGGCUGGGCAAGACCACCCUAGCACAUGUGGUGGCCCGGCAUGCGGGGUACUGUGUGGUGGAGAUGAACGCCAGUGACGACCGCAGCCCUGAGGCCUUCCGCACACGCAUUGAAGCGGCCACGCAGAUGGAGUCCGUGCUGGGUGCCAGCGGGAAGCCCAACUGCCUGGUCAUUGAUGAGAUUGACGGUGCCCCCACGGCUGCAGUCAAUGUCCUGUUGAGCAUUCUGGACCGCAAGGGCCCUCGGGAAGCUGACCAGGCUGUGCCCCUGGGCGGGGGGCAGCGGCGCCGGGCUGAGGGCGGGCUCCUGAUGAGGCCCAUCAUCUGCAUCUGCAAUGACCAGUUCGUUCCAUCCCUGCGGCAGCUGAAGCAGCAGGCCUUCCUGCUCCAUGUGCCCCCCACGCUCCCCUCCAGACUUGUGCAGCGGCUCCAGGAGAUUUCCCUGCGGCAGGGCAUGCAGGCUGACCCCGGGGCACUGGCUGCCCUCUGCCAGAAGACGGACAGCGACAUCCGCGCCUGCAUCAACACCCUGCAGUUUCUGAAUGGGCGGGGCCGGCGGGAGCUGAGUGUGCGGGCCGUGCAGACCACCCACGUGGGCCUCAAGGACCAACGCAAGGGGCUCUUCUCUGUGUGGCAGGAGGUUUUCCAGCUUCCCCGGGCCCAGAGACACCCCGUGGGCCAGGAUCCAGCCCUGACUGGCCACGCGUUCCAGCUGGGUGUGGGGCACCUGGGGCCCCAGGCUGCGCCACCCUUGACCCUGGCUGCACAGCGCUUUCACCACGUCAUGCACGUGGCCGCCUCUGCGGGUGAGCCCGAGAAGGUGGUCCAGGGCCUGUUUGAUAACUUCCUGCGGUUGCGGCUGCGUGACUCCAGCCUGGACGCCGUGUGCAUGGCCCUGGACUGGUUGGCCUUUGAUGACCUGCUGCAGCGGGCCGCGCUCGUGGGCCAGAGCUUCCAGCUGCUGCGUUACCCGCCCUUCCUGCCAGCUGCCUUCCACGUGCUCUUCGCCUCCAGCCACGUGCCCCGGAUCACCUUCCCCAGCAGCCAGCAGGAGGCCCUGUCCCGGACCAGCCGGACGCAGAACCUGAUCCAGACGCUAGUGGCGGGCAUGGCGCCGACCGCCCGCAGCCGGGCCUCACCCCAGGUCCUGGUGCUGGACGCCCUGUGCCUGCUCCUGGACAUACUCGCACCCAAGCUGCGGCCCGUGAACACGCAGCUCUACAGCACCCGGGAAAAGGAGCAGCUGGCCGGGCUGGUGGGCACCAUGCUGGCCUACAGCCUCACCUACCGCCAGGAGCGGGCAGCCGACGGCCAGUACACAUACCGGCUGGAACCGAACGUGGAGGAAGUCUGUCGCUUCCCUGAGGUGCCUGCUCGCAAACCCCUCACCUACCAGGCCAGGCAGCUCAUAGCCCGAGAGAUUGAAGUGGAGAAGAUGCGGCGUGCGGAGGCGGCCGCCAGGGCUCGGGCCAGCCUGCAGAUGGAGGGAGUUUCCCGUGGAUCUGAGGACCCAGUGGGGGAUGUGAGGGACAAAGGGGCACAGCCGCCUGCCCAGCCCAGCCACGAGCAGAGGCUAGAACGCAUCUUGAAGAAGGCAGCGCUGGAGGAGCAGCCCGAGAGGGACUUCUUCGGUCGUGUGGUCGUCAGGAAAGCAGCAGCCCCACGUGCAGAGGACACAGCCCCUGAGGCAGACUCAGCUGAGCGGCGCGUGGGCACCGCGGUGGGCAAGAGUGACGUCUGGUUCCGCUUCAAGGAGGGUGUGUCCAACGCCGUGCGGCGCAGCGUGUACAUCAGAGACUUGCUGUAACCCUGAGCGCAGCCAGCCCAGGGCCACGUCAGAGACCAGAGACACUGGUCCACACCCAAGUCCUGGGAUUCACACCUGACAGCCCAGGUCACACUGGACAGAGUUCACACUGUCGCUCAGGGACCACAGCACCCCACUCCCCUCCCGCAGUGUCACUUCCCACUUAAAAAAAAAUACAAAAGCAGGGGCGCCUCCAGA